AUGAAAUUAGGGACAUGUACUGAAUGGUUAUUCUUCCAUAUAUGGAAAAAAAAUCCAAAAACUGGACAUAGUUGUGAUGGAAUUUUUGUUGCAGAUUCAGUAAUUUAUAGAUGGGCUCAGCCUUACUUUAGUAAUUAUUAUUUAUAAUGUUAAGGAUAUUUUACUAUAUAGGAUGGUUAAGUAAUAAGGAAAACUAAAGAGAGAGUAUUCAUUGAUCAAGUUGAAAGUUCAUUUAAAUAAGAAAAUACAGUAGCAUAAUUAAUAACUAGUCAGGUAUAAUAUAAAAAUUAUAAAUAAACAUCAGAUGCAAAACAAAUAAUAAGAGAUAAUUACAUUUGAGUAUUUAGAUUAUGAAAGUUUUAAAAUAUUUCUUCAUUAAAGAGAGAAAGACUUAAAUUUAGUCCUAUAAAAGUAUGUAUCAAUUAUUUAUAAGAUUUAUUUAUCCAAAAAAUGAUUAAAAUUCAAUGAUUAGAGUAACCUGGUCUCCAUAAUUUUGUUUGGUUAUGAGGAAAACAAAUAUUAAUAAAAUGAAUGAUAUGAAGAAGACUCAAGUUGAAAGAGUUGCUACAUUUGAUGGACCAGAAUAUUUAAUAUAAGGAGAUUCAAUCAAUUCACCUUUAUUAAGUGCAGAUUUAGAGUAAUUAUGUGUGAAUAUUGUGAAACACAUAUUAGAAGUAUCAGGAGGGAAUAUUUAAAUAAUAAGAAUGGUCUUAUAUUUUAAAGUUGAUUAUGAAAAUAGGAUAUGGUUGCUUUUUUGUACUAAUAUUAAGGUGAAGGAUAAGUUCAAUGACAUAUUGUAAUAGCCAAGAGUGCUUUCUCCUAUAUUUAGAGUUUUAAGAAAAGACCAAGAACCAGUAUCAUUUGCAAAAGAGUAGGCUUAGACUGUUAUUAAAAUAAAUAAUUAAGGUGAAAUGCAAUCUCUUCUUUAUCAAUUUAAAAACAUAUGUAGUAAUUGUGAUAGAUUUUCUAAUUAACUAUAUCAAUUAAAAUUAUAAUUCAUUAUUGAAAGCUUUUAAUAAGUAUUAAUUAAAAAUAUAAGAAUUUAGUGAAGAAAGAUUUUACUAGAUUACCUGAAGAACUAGAAAAGAUUAAAUAGAAAUAAGAUUAAUAGAUUCCAAAAGUCACUUAUAAUAGAAAUAUUCGGAUGAGAUAAAAAUAAAAUUUAAAAGAAGGUAAAAAUUUACUAUAAAAUUUAGAAUAUGAGAUUUAAAAUGAAUUUUAAAAUGAUAAUUAACAAACUGCUAUUUUGAUUGAGAAAAAAAAAAUAUUCAAAAAUAAAUUAACUGAAGAUGAAUUAUAUACAUAAAUUAAAGAAUUAGUUUAAUUAUUGAAUGAUGAAUAAGAAGAUUAGAAAUUUAAUUUUAAUCAUAUUCCUCCUUUAAUUCUAAAAGUUUGGGGUAAAAUAAAUGAAGAAAAAUAUUAAUAAUUAUAAAAUAAUUAAAGUUGGAAAGAUUUAACAACAUAAGUUUGUUUAGAUUGUUUUUUAUAAUAUACUUAAUGUUGUGAAUAAACAUUAUUUGAAAGAAAAGCGUAUGAAUUUUUAUUUAUCAAUUUUAGAGAAAUUAUGUCUUAAAAAUUAAGAAAGAUUGUCAACACCAAAGAAGAGAAUGAAAAAGAAAAACUUCUUUUAUCUAAUACAAGUUUGAAUGUUAAUAGAAUAACCUUCAAUUAAUUACCAAAUCUCCCAUCUAUCUCAGAAUUACCAUUAGAUAAAUAAAAAAGGAUGUCAAGAAAAUCUUAAAAUAUAACAACUUAAGAAAUAGUAACAAAAUAACUUGAUCAAACUCCUUAAAAGGCAUCAUAACCAUCUGUAUAAACAAAUAAAAAGUUACAAUAAACCCACCAAUCAUAAUAAUCUAAUUAAUCUAAUUAAUAACCUCCAUAAACUAUUAUACCUAGUACAACAUUAUCAAAUAAAUAUUUUCAAUUGUAAAGAUAGUCUUCUAGUCAGAUAAAUUAAAUGAAAUUAAAGAUACCAAGUACUUAAAGAGUAUAAUAUAUUAUUAUUGUAGAUAUAUCUGAAUAAAUAAGGCUUAAAUAUGUCAACAAAUAAAUCUAUGCAAUCUAAAUCAUCAAGAUCUACUUUAGAUUAAUCAAAAGUCUCUUUUGAUUUUAUGAUAAAUACUGUAACUUAAUUAAAGAGAAAACUAGAAGAACUUGAAUAAGAUGAAAGAUAAUAAGAAUAAGAAUAAGAAAAACUUUGA